GGCUGCGGGAGCUGGAGGAGGCGCGCGCGCGGGCUGCGCAGAUGGAGAAGACGAUGCGCUGGUGGUCCGACUGCACGGCCAACUGGCGCGAGAAGUGGAGCAAAGUGCGCGCCGAGCGCAAUCGCGCACGCGAGGAGGUUCGCCAGCUGCGCCAGCGCCUGGACGCGCUCACCAAGGAGCUGGCGGGCGCGCGGCGCGAGCGCCAGGAGGCGCAGGGUGAGUGCGAGGCUCGGGGUCGAGAACUGGCGCGGCUGCGGGGCGCCCGGAGCGCUGCGGAUAAGACUCACGACGGCCCAGAGCCGGAUGCCGAGCGGGAGCAGGAGCCUGUGCGGGACGUUGGGUCCGAGAGGCCGCAGGACAGCCAGGAGCUGGAGCUGGUGGAGACCCUGCUGAAGAGCAGACCAGAAGAGCUGGAGGGCUGCUGGGAGGUGCGCAGCGUAGGGGCUGGAGCCCCGAGGGGCAGCUCAGGCCGCCAGGAGCGCAACCGGCUCCCCUGGGAGGACACAGCUGCCACCGAGGAAGACGCCUCCAAGUUGACUGCCCUGCGGCUGCGACUGGAUGAAUCCCAGAAGGUGCUGCUUAAGGAGAGAGAGGACAAACUGGCGCUGAGCAGGAACAUUGAGAAGCUGGAGGGGGAGCUCAGCCAGUGGAAGAUCAAGUACGAGGAGCUGAGCAAGACCAAGCAGGAGAUGCUCAAGCAACUUAGCAUCCUAAAGGAGGCACACCAGGAUGAGCUGGGCCGCAUGUCUGAAGACCUAGAGGAUGAGCUGGGUGCACGGUCCAGCAUGGACAGGAAGAUGGCUGAGCUGAGGGGCGAGAUGGAGCGGCUGCAGGCUGAGAAUGCGGCCGAGUGGGGCCGCCGAGAGCGGCUGGAGACGGAGAAACUGGGCCUGGAGCGGGAGAACAAGAAGCUGCGGGCACAGGUCGGGGACCUGGAGGAGGCCCUGGCCCGGCGGCGGCGGCAGACAACCAGCGCCCUGGACUGCGACCUGCGGGCCAGCCAGGCUGCCCUCUUCGAGAAGAACAAGGAGCUGGCAGACCUGAAGCAUGUGCAUGGCAAGCUGAAGAAACAGUUCCAGGAGAAGGUGGCUGAGCUGGCCCACGCUAACAGGCGGGUGGAGCAGCACGAGGCUGAGGUGAAGAAGCUGCGGCUGCGGGUGGAGGAGCUCAAGAAGGAGCUGGCCCAGGCCGAGGAUGAGCUGGAUGAGGCCCACAACCAGGCGCGGAAGCUGCAGAGGUCGCUGGACGAGCAGACGGAACAGAGUGAGAACCUGCAGGUGCAGCUGGAACACUUGCAGUCCAGGCUCCGCAGGCAGCAGCAGAAUGCCCCCCUCUUCGGGAAGAUCCGCACUGCCCGCUUUGGCACCGAGGAGGCUGGAGAUGGAGCCAGCGACCUGGACGAGGAUGAGGACCUGCAAAUCCAGGUGGCCUAGGGCCUCCCAGGGCGCACAAGACGGCCUGAAGCUCCCAGCCCCCAGACUGAUGGAGCCAGCUGUGCUCGCUGUGGGUCCACUUUCUUCUCUCCCAAGAGGGCAUGGGGGGCCCCGUUCCACCCCAGUGCUCCUGUGGAAGGGAACCCUGUUUUAUAUAUGUAUGUGCCCAGGGCUCCUUGGACCCUUUUGGUUUUAUAAACAAAGGACUGCUCAAGGCCCAGUCCAGGGGAUGCCACCCCUGCAGACUUCGUGCAGAGUGGGCCAGGUUUGGGGGGCAGGGGGAGCUUACAGGGCCCCAACCCAGGGCCCCUUGCCACGCCUUAGUGAUCUGGCAGGACCUGUUCAUAAUACAAUGUGAUGAAGCCAGGCUUUUGUAAUAAAUGGAGUUCAAGUUCUUAA